GCUUCAAGAAAAUAAUGAUGAGCGUGCAAAUUUUCACUUUCAGCAUAGAAAUAUUGCGGCCUCCCUCGAAUUCUAAUCAAGCUAUUUGUCAGUUACCCACACGCGAUUAUUUGUAUUGCCUUUCAGUAACAGGAAGGUAAAAGAAGAAAGGAAAUAAGGAGGGGGUGUUAAGAAAAGCAGGAGAGCAAAAAUAAGAGAAGAAAAAAUAUGGAGUAUCCUGUUCAUACUCCAUAUAAAACUUAUUAUCAAAGCAAGAAUUCCUCUUACUGAAUUUCUGAGAAUCACAUAGGGGGGCAAUAUUUAUAAAUAUUAUUUUGUAUUAAAGAAGUUGUGGCCUAAGAAAACAAUGCGGGUAAUAUGUUUUUAUGAAAUAGGACCGAUUUCUUCCCCAAAAUAUUAAAAUUGAAAUAAAAUUUGAAGUAGUAGUACUUGGAAUAUCCCUCUAAAUUCUAUUCUAUGCGUUUGCUGAUUCUUUAGGAUGGCCCACGUGCUCAGAGCUCCAGGAUCGGCGUACUCGGUCCAAUGCAUUCUUCAAAUAUUCCAUAAACUAUGUGCUUGCCAUUUACUUAAUAUGCAUCAGUCUCUUCACACUUCUCGAAAGGGGGAUGAUACAUGCGAAUUUGAGGCCUUCCAGUCGGGUCACUGUUCUGGUACAAUGUUAGAUGUGGCUAGGGAAAUUCAGAAACAAAUCGGUCUGGAACCGGGCUACUAUUCCAUACCCAAGUGCCGUGCCAAUCUACUGAAAUAUCAGCCCGCGCAAAAGGAUCUGCCGGAACGCACCAUGAAAGACUCCUUUACAACUGCUGUAUUGCCACUGAGUACGGUUCCGAUCCGAGAGCGCUAUGUCAACCAUCUGGGUCGAGUCCGCAUAGGUCGUUUAAUGGAGGAGCUGGACCUGUUUGCCGUGUGGAUCUGUCAUCGUCAUCUAUGUAUCCCGACAUUGCCAAAGGGUAUUCCGGUGCCCUACAACUUUGUUACGUUCCUGUACGACAGCGUAGACUUCACUAAUAUCAAUAGAAUCUCGGCUUCUGAAGAUAUUGAGUUGUGUGGUCACGUCUCGUGGACUGGCAACAGCUGCAUGGAGUUAACAAUAUAUAUACGACAGAUAAUGCAAACCAUAGCCAAAGCCAUAAUUAUGAUGGUUGCCCGUAAUGCGACAAAUACGAGAUCGGCACCAGUUAAUGCUCUAGAGCCCGCCAACGAGGAGGAGAAGCUCUGUUUGGCGAACUCCAUCAAGCGGCAAAAGAAACGAAUGGCUAAACAAUCGAAAUCUGUGCUCAAUAUUAAACCAACAUCGAGCGAUGGAAAGCUCAUGUAUGAGAUCUUCAAGCGGACCAGAGGUAUGAACGCAUUAGGAAUUAGGAGUAUGCCCUCCAAAUUGCCACCAAAUUGUAAAUGGAUGUCGCAAUCCUUUCAAACGACCAUGUUGCAUGCGUUUCCCGAGAAUCGCAAUUCGCACAAUUACAUUUUUGCUGGUUUUGUGAUGCGCUCCGCUGUGGAAAUUAGUUUCAUUACCGCCUGUAUUCAUGCUGGCGGUCGGCCCUUGAUCCAGUGCAUAAUGGACGUUGAGUUUUAUCGGCCGCUAAAGAUGAACUCAUUCCUGAAAGUGACCUCCUACGUUGUAUACACAUUCGAAAGAUAUAUUCAACUAUUGACAAUUGUGCAGGCCCUGGAUGCGAACAAUAUGGUACAGAUUACAACAAACGCCCUGCAUCUCACCUAUAAGGCUGAACGGAACGUCACAGAGGUGCUGCCAUCCACCUAUCAGGAGACACUGUGGUACAUAAACGGACGUAACAAAUUUCACGCCUUCCAGAAACUUAGGGAAGCGCGGAAAGUUAAUAAAGAAUCUCAAACAAGUGUACGAACCGGAGAAAACUAAAAUAUUAGAAACUUUACUUAAAA